CGUGGUUGAUCAAUUAUUAAUAUUAACAAUGAAUGAUAUUCAGAAUGGUGACAGUUUUGUCACUCUCAAUGCAAGGGAAAGUCCUAUUUCUAGUGAUGUUGAAAGUUCAGGACUAAUCUCAUCUGAUUCCUUACGGAGAGUGAAGAGGCGAAAGAGGAAGCGUUCUACAGAACCUGAGACUGAGUCGACUGGUACUUCAACAGAGGAAAGGCCCUCUAAGUGUAGCCAUGUUGAGCCUGACUUCGAACUCCCUUCAGAGUCUCCUCUAUCAUUAAAGGAUGAAGCAGGACCAAGCGCAGUUACUGAUGAAGCUAGCACCUCACAAAAUAAAGAACCGCUUGAUAGCGACCAUCAAUCAAUUACGAAUAAAUCAGUGGAAAUCAUAAAAGAGACUAAUAAUGGGGAUAUUUUUGAAGAUACUGAUGAAGAGGGUGGCGAUGAAGCUGGUGAUUACUCUACACUUUUAAAUAGUGACAGUGAGUCUGAUGAUGAUGGUCUACCUACUGUUAGUUUCUGUAAAGGGGAUUGGUCUAUUUCUGAUGUCAAGGAAAAUACAAUUAUUUGGACGAAGUAUGGAAAAUAUCCUUUUUGGCCAGCAUUGGUUGAUAGUUUAAAUAAACGGACCAAAAAACUUAAAGUGUAUUUUCUCGGUUGGCCUGAUAGACACCCAAUUCCUAUGAGCUAUAAGAACAAAAAGAAUUUUGCACCUUAUGAUUAUGAGAAUACAGUCAAAUACAAAGCUCAUUCAUUCAGUGAUCUUAAGGACCAGGUUAAAAUUGACUAUUUUAAGAAAUGGUUUGACUUGGCACUGAGAGAAGCUGAUACCUUACAACAGCUAAGAAUAGAAAAUAAAGUCCAAGGGCCUCCUCGUUAUCAGUAUGAGAUGAUGGCAGAAAUGAGACCAUCAUCAUACUCCUUUGAUAGUUCAAGGCCACAAUACUCUUUCUCUAACACUGAUAAUGAUAAUGAUGGAGAUAAGUCAUUGAAUAAUAAUAACGAUGAUGGUGAUAAAGGAGAAGAAGAAUCAGAUACCAAUUAUGAUCUGUCUGACAGUGAAGAUGAUCAACCUGAAGAUACCAGUUCGCCUUAUUGUUUCUCAAGAUUAAUGGAGCACUUUGAAAAGAAUGAGUCUUUUAUUGAAGAAGUAUGCUUAGGAAAAGCAUCGUCAGAGUUGCAUCAAUCUUACAGCGGGACCAAGUCUGACAGACAGAAAAUGAGAAAAGCAUCUACUGGAUUCGGUCCUGCCAAAUUAACGGAAAGCCAAGAACUAAAGAUAUACAAAUUUAUAGAAAAGGUUCUGAUAAGAACUCGCGGUGAAGCCGGUUUUACUUAUAUAUAUGAUGUUAUCAUUCCUGAAGUAUGUUAACUUAACAUAAAAGUUUUA